AAGUUCGACACUUCAAAAAGGAAAAUAAACAAUUAAUUCACAUGAAGUGUUGUUUCGAUUUCGAUUAGAAGUUGGAAAAUUUUUAUAAAAAAUUGGCAAUUAGUAAACAAAUUUUAUAUUUAUAUUUCAUAAUACCUUUGCAUAUACUUAUUAAAACAAAAACAAAAGAAAAUACACCCAAAAAUGGAUCUCACAAGCUCCGCAAAGCGCAACUCGCAGCGAAAUGGGCCGUCACAAAGGCGUUCGGUAAGCAUUGACGACGAUGACAACGCGAGCAACAAUUCGCUGAGCUCCUUCAACAUCUUGCUUGCGGCCGCCUCCGACACCGAAUCACAGUCACCAGUCAGCGUGCGUGACAUGAUUAAACGUUAUGACACUGUCGCCAAAUUGGGCACCAAAGGUGGCGUACGCGGCCUGCAACAGCAGCAAUACAGUUUGCCAGCCAUGAAGUCGGCUUAUUUCGGUGUGAAUAAAUUUGGUACGCACACAUCGGCCCACCGUUACUCAACGCGUCAUUAUGCGACACAAAGACCGGAAGAGGACAAAGGCAGACAAUCGAUGCAAACAAAUCACAAUAAUGACAAUCGCCGCAAUAAAAACAAAAGCAACAGUAAACUAAAUGAAAACGGUGAUUUUGAAAAAAAGGAGAGAGCCGUUGAGAUGGAGGAGGAUUCCUGUUUGGUGCGAUCACGUCACAUCUCUUUGAGUGAGGGUGAAAAUGUUUAUGUUGCCGAUCACACCAGGCGCACCUCAAGCUCGCCAGCUAGGUCUUUGCCUGAAGUGUCGCGCAGUUUUCAAGAAACGAAUUGUUCGGAAGCCACUGAUGUCGUCGAGGAGGCGAAUUUGCAACCAAUGGAGACUUCGUAUCAAAGUAAAACGACCAUUGCCAAGACUGCAGCUGGUGUACGAAUCAUAAUCGACAUCUUCUUCGAUCAAGAACACCAGCCAUUGUCGCCUACGGAUGUUGUGGGCAGUCGUGUCGAGACAGAUAUACCUCAAAGCCGUAUACUCAGCGAGUUUCAGCAACAAACGGCAAAUUCUCAACUAAACUAAUGCAAAA